AGUCAGAUGCGUGGUGAACGUUGAAUUUAACGGUCGGUUUGGCAGUGAGUGUGGAAAGUGGAAGCCAUCGCCUCGCUCCACGAGCCAGCGAAUUGUUCGGUGCGGAAAAUAGAAAACAGAAGGGCAUAAAAAAAUAGUAAAAAAUAUACAGAUAACAAAGGAAUAUGAAAGUGAAAUAACCGAAGGGAAUAAAUACAUUAAAGUGUAUGCCUUGUCAAAAUAAAAAGUGUGCAAACAGUCCGAAAUGUGUUCAAACUGUCAAAUGGAGAAGUGUUCAAACAUAGCAGUAAAUUAAACUUUUAAAAUAAACUAAAGUGCCACCAUUGUACUUGGAGUUGGAGUUGCUGAGCACUUCCGGGGCAUAAAACAGCUGGACACAAGGGCCUUUUAUGAGUGCGCGAAGUGAAGUGGCCAGCAGAUACCAAAUGGAUGCCGUCUAAAAUCAAAGAAACACAAAUCAAGACCAGAGGAAAAACAUCGGGGACGAGCAACAAUUAACGGGCGGAAACCAAAAUGUAUAAACAAUCAGCAAAAUGUGCAAAUUCGUGGAGUGCCAAUCGAAAGCCAGCUUGAGUGAAAGUGAAAAACUGCGGCGCGCGCAAAUAAUUAAUUAUCCGGCUGCUUAUUAGCGCAAUUUUGCCAAGGCGGCGCAGACGUUCUGUUUAUGGGCAAAUUUGCCAAACGCAAAUAAAACCGAACUGCUGCCAGUCGUGCAUUAAUAAUUUGCAUAUUCCGUCCCAUCCCCAUCUCCACACCUCCCCCCAAAAAACAAUCACACAGAACAGACAGUGCGGCGUGUGGCGUUGAAGUGUUUAUUAAAUUGUCUUCGCCGCAAAUGCAAGACGUUUGCCCGACAAGCGGAGUAAUAGCACUUGCCCCCUCGAAAUGCUGGAGUUACAAGUUUGCGCAGAUUUGUCAGCCGGCAACUUGAGCGAAAUGGGACACCAAAAGGCCACGGAUACGGCACAUCGGCAGACCCGGAGAAAAUUAGUCUGCCGGACUUUCCCCACCAGAUUCCUUCUGCUGCUCAUCGCCGUUCUACUGAGCAUGGAGCUCGUCGAAUGCGCGCUGCGCAAUGUCAAUUUAAUAAUCGAACCACCGGCUGUGCGAAGGGGCCAACAUGUGGUGCUGCGGUGCAUGUACGACCUGGACGGAGCUCCACUGUACUCGGCCAAGUUCUAUCGCGGCCAGCUUGAGUUCUACCGAUACACGCCCGGCGAGUUCCCCAACACGAAAGUAUUUCCAUUCCCCGGCAUUCAUGUGGAUGUAAGCAGCUCGAACGCCACCCAAGUGCUGCUGCGCAACGUGGGAUUCGCACUUUCUGGCAACUUUUCAUGCGAAGUGACCGCCGAUGCCCCACUUUUUUCGACCGCCACCGCAAUGGACACCAUGCAAGUUGUGGAGCUGCCCGAGAAGCGUCCGCAACUUUUCACGGAGCACACCCGCUACGAGCCCGGCGAUGUCCUGCGGGCCAAUUGCAGCACCCCCCCUUCGCGUCCACGGGCGGAGCUCACAUUUACCAUCAACAACAUGGUGAUAACCAAUGUGGAGACCCAGUACAUACGCACCAUAGAUAAUCUGAUUGCAUCACGGAUCUCGCUGAAGCUGCAGCUACAAGGAGUUCACUUUUCCAGUGUGAAUCCGGCCAUCUACAAUAGCGCCUACGGUCUGAAUUCGGUGUACGGGCACGGCGGACCGGUUUAUGCCCCGAACCCGAAUCCGGGAGGAUUACUCCUGCGCUGCUCGGCGCAAAUCGGGGAUCUGUACCAGGAGUACAAGGAGAUUGAGUUGGGCACACCCCAGAAGGAUCCGGUACCGGCACGUGUUACGCUCUCAUCCGACUCGAGCCUGAAGAACUUUUUCAGCUCGUAUUUCUCGACUUCGGCAUCGACGGCAUCGCGACUUCUGCCCGGCGUCUAUAUGGCGCCGUUCAUAAUGGCCAUGCUGGCUGGAUUAUUCCGGCUAAUUGAGGUUGCAUUUGAGACCUGCGAUGCCAGCCAGCAGUCGGCAGUCGGGCAUUCGAUGGCACAUUCCAAGGAGCGAGGGGAGCGGCGUCCAGCUCUUUUGUCCUGCUGUAGCGCCUCCAAGGCGUCAAGACAGCAACUGGCCUGGCCAAAAUCACAGACAGAAAACCUGGCCUAGGCGUGUGCUACCACUUAGUUAAAGCCCUAAGUUAUUCAAAAUAUAUAUUGGGAAUUUACUGGACCUGGAAAAUUAAUAAGUACUUAAGUGAAAAUAAAAUGAAAAAUAAAUACUAAAAGUCAUUCUAGUAGUUAUAAACCAUUUCAGAUGGCAGUUGAAGUUUUCAGAUACAAAUUUAUUUCCCAUCAGUUCAACAUUUAUUAUUUAAACAGGUCUAGUAAAUACCCUUACUUUGUUGAUUUCAAGGAUCUUCUUUUGAUGACUGCUUUUCAUGUUGAUUUGUAUUUUACACCAAAAAACCGCACUUAGAGAUGUGGUGUCUACUAGCGAGCUAAAGAGAAAAAACAAAUUAAGUUUAAGCAAAGAUUUAUAAACUAGCCUAGUCGUAAAAAAACAAAACUGGAGGUUGGCCAGCAGAACAGAAGAGUUAAAAACUUAUAAAGCAGGACGUACACAAUUCAACUAUAAAUGUUUACACAAAAACGAUGAAGCAAAAUGAGAAUAUGAUAAGUACAUGAGAUUACCGAUUCUACUUUUAAUGUGCAAAAAAACAGAAUAAUAAACCAAACCAAAAAACAAAGCAAAGCCAAAAAUCAAAGGAGUGUGUUCGAAAGACGAGGAAAAUGUGUGUAAAAUAUAUUUAAAGAAACAUAUUAAAUUAAUUAUAUUUAAAAUAAAUAAAUCAAAGCCUUGUAUGGGCAUAUUGUAAAUGGUGGUGAAAUUAAAUAAAAUGUGUGUUAAUUUUAA